AUGGCUACUUCGCAGUUUAAGGCUUCGCUAAUUCUGGUAGCGUUUUUUGGGAUAUUAUUCUUGGCUUGUGCUACAAGUGGCAACAAAACCAAACAGUCCUCGUGCAACAUGGUAGGUGACUUGGUUAUGCGUCUCAAUCUAGUAAGGACGACCGAACGUAUGUAAAUUUUUUUAAAGAUGUUCAUGAAAAAAUGGCGUAUUGAAUAAACAGUCUUCGUUCAAAUUCUCACUGUUGACAGUACUUCCUGUUUUACAACUUAAACUUUUGAGGUAACAGGUCUAAAUUUCAACGGACACGCCAGAUCGUAUUCUUUUCAGUGUUUUAGCGUUGAAAUAAAAUAAAAUAAAAUAAAAUUCAAAAUGUAAUGGCUCUCGCGAAUACAAGGGAAGAAAUUGUAGAGCUGCUCAAUUUGACUAAUGAAAGCCUAUCAAUUGACAAAUAUGAACUUAAUCAAUUCUACUUUUAAUUUACCAGGCCUCUCCCGUCUACUAUGCUGGGAUUCCCGGCAUGCAUGGCAAACCCGGUUCCCCUGGGAUGCCAGGCCGCGAUGGACGAGAUGGCCGUGAUGGAGCCAAAGGUGACCAAGGUAUCCCAGGGAAGACUGGACCCCAGGGGCCUCCGGGACCUAGCGGAAAACCGGGUGCCAAUGGAAAUGACGGCGCUAAAGGAGAACGAGGAGCCCAAGGACCCCCAGGACAAAAGGGGGAACGCGGGGAAGGUGGAUUAAAUGGAACCCCUGGGAAUCCAGGUCUGAUGGCUUUUAAGAACUGGAAGGAAUGCGUUUGGAAAAACAUCAAUGAUGGCAAAGAUAACGGGCUGAUCAAGGUUAACACAUUUUUCUUUACCCGUUCAUUAUAUCAAGGUCUAAUCAGGGUUAAAAGAGAAGUUUUUUAUUUGUUUUCAUAAAGAAGGAAAAAUAAUAGCCACUGACAAUAUUAAUUUUAUAAAUAACAACAAUAACAAUAAAUACUAUAGAAAUAUGGCUCUUCACUUGUUAGUAACUAAUACACUUUCACUUUCAUACUAAUUUAAAAAAUCAAUUACGUGUAUAAUAAAUGAAAUGAUAAUGAAACAAUAGCAUUAAAAAUCAAAGAAAAACUAAAGGACAAAAGAUAUAGAAGAAGCUUAAGGGCGUGAAUAGAUCAUGACCAGUUCUCAUUUCACCUGCCUCUAGGCACAGAAGACUGUUUUAGUCGUACAUUUUUGCUAGCAUAUCUGUUUCUCUUUUUGUACAGGAAUGUGUGUUCAGCAAGAACUUCUCUGAAACAGCCCUUCAUGUGUACUGGACUGGUUCUCUUCAGGUCUAUGCAAAUGCUGGCUGUAGACGCUGGUACUUUACUUUCAACGGUGCAGAAUGUUCAGCUCCCCUACCCAUUGAUGGUGUUGUUUACGUGGUCAGCAAAUCUCAAAACCCUCAUCGCGUCCGUCACAUUGAAGGCUACUGUAAUAACAUUCACAAAGGAAAGGUGCGUGUGGGAUUCUGGGUUGGUAAAUGCGAUGGGUACAGUCAUGGAAACUAUGACGCCUACACUGGAUGGAGAUCUGUGUCACGCAUAUUCGUAGAGGAGGUUCCCAAAGCUCAAGCUUAG